CGCCAUGUUGUUGAGGCUGAGUGAGGAAACGAGCGGGAGCGGGAGAGCAGCAGGGCGUCCGCUCGCUUAAACCCUCAGGCCCACCCCUAGUUAAUCCUUUAGAUCCCGUGUCACCGAACGUUCAGUCGUUUCUCCAAGAUGGCACAUUGUGUGACAAAAGUACAGUUGACCAUUUCCUGUGAGAAUUUGAUGGACAAAGAUGUUGGUUCAAUGUCAGACCCACUAUGUGUUUUACUUCAAAACACUGAGGCAGGCGACCAGUGGAUGGAGCUGGACCGAACAGAGAGGGUUAAAAACUGCCAGAGUCCCCAGUUUGCCAAGAAGCUGGAGGUGGAUUAUUUCUUUGAGCGUGUGCAGAAACUGAAGUUUGGCAUUUACGAUAUUGACAAUAAAUCCACAAAUCUGAGUGAUGAUGACUAUCUGGGAGGAGUUGAGUGUACACUGGGCCAGAUUGUCUCCAGUAAGUCAUUCACUCGGCCUCUACAAUUGAAGAAGGGGAAGUUGGCUGGAAAAGGGAAUAUCACUGUAGUAGCUGAGGAGAUCCGGGAUAAACGGUCUGCAGUUCUACAACUGGAAGCAAGAAACCUGGAAAAUAAGGAUUUCAUGGGGAAAUCUGAUCCAUUUCUGGAGCUCUACAGGCAGGGAGAUGGUGAUAAAUGGCAACUAGCUUACCGAUCAGAGGUUAUUAAGAACAAUCUGAAUCCGAACUGGAAGCCUUUCUCUGUCUCUUUGCAGUCGCUGUGUAACGGAGAUAUGCAGAAGCCCAUUAAGGUGACCUGCUCUGACUAUGAUGGUGAUGGCUCUCAUGAUCUGAUAGGCCUUUUUGAAACUAACUUCUCUAAGCUACAGCAAGUGGAAAUGGGGAAUCCGAUUGAGUUUGAAUGCAUUAACCCAGAGAAGAAAAAGAAGAAGAAGAGCUACAAGAACUCUGGCAUUAUUCGGGUUCGAUCGUGCAAGCUGGAAACUGAAUACUCCUUCCUGGAUUACGUUAUGGGUGGAUGUCAGAUUAAUUUCACAGUUGGUGUCGACUUCACUGGAUCAAACGGAGAUCCCCACUCCUCAGACUCGCUACAUUACAUCAGCCCGAAUGGAGUCAAUGAGUACCUGACUGCCAUCUGGUCUGUCGGGCAGGUUGUGCAGGAUUACGAUACAGAUAAGCUGUUUCCUGCAUUUGGGUUUGGGGCUCAAGUUCCUCCCGACUGGAAGGUUUCCCAUGAGUUUUCCUUGAAUUUUAAUGCCACCAACCCAUACUGUCAAGGAGUACAGGGGAUUAUUGAUGCAUAUCGAAAUGCUAUUGUCAACGUCAGGCUAUACGGACCAACCAACUUCUGUCCCAUUAUAACCCACGUGUCGCGAUUUGCUGCUGCUUCCACUCAGACAGGGACCGCUGCGCAAUAUUACGUUCUGCUGAUUAUCACCGAUGGGGAGAUUACCGACUUGGACCAGACACGGGAUGCGAUUGUUGAAGCCUCAAAGUUGCCGAUGUCCAUCAUUAUAGUUGGUGUUGGCGGCGCGGAUUUCAAAGCCAUGGAGUUCCUUGAUGGUGAUGAUGGUGUCCUGAAGUCGCUGGCCGGAGAGCCUGUCGUCCGAGACAUUGUGCAGUUUGUCCCCUUCAGACAGUUUCAGAACGCUCCUAAGGAAGCCCUGGCCCAGACUGUCCUGGCAGAGGUGCCCAAGCAGCUAGUGUCGUAUUUCAAGAUGAGAAAUCUGACACCACUGAAUCCGCCGAAGCCAGCCCAGUAACCGUUCACCCGGGACAUGGGCUGCACUGUGUCUGUGUAACGUUAGCACCAACCUCUGUAGAGACACACACCCGUGCACACAGACACCCACACGUUAUAAUCGGGGACCAGAAUCUCUUCUGAUGACGGUCACAUACAAGUAUACCCAGUGUUACCAACUUUUUUCGAAUCCUGCAGAUUGUAGAAAUUAUUUUUUAAAACACUUAACCUUGACAUAGCAGAUUUUAAAAUGCAGUUUUCCAUAAUCCUCCUUUGUGAACUACAAGGCUUAAAAUAUAUGCAAGUACCUGUUGCCAGUCUGUAAACAGUUCUGGGAGGACUGGGGCUUUACUGCUAGCCCACCAAAACUGACUUACAAUCAUCAUUUUUUUACUAGAUUAGAUUCCCUACAGUGUGGAAACAGGCCCUUCGACCCAACCAGUCCACACCGACCCUCUGAAGAGUAACCCACCUAGACCCACUUCCCUCUG